CUCCCCCUCACCUCUCUCUUUCCCUCCUCCCUCUCUCCAGACAGCACUGCCGCCAGCCUCCACCACCGCUGCCGCCUCUCUCCACCCACCAUCUCUCCUCCCCCUCUCUCCGCCGCCAUGGAUGAGAUCUCAUCCCCAUCACAGCAGCUGCAGCAGCUUCCCAUAAGCACCACCACGAAGACAAUCAAGGAGAAGCAGCCCCCCCCCCCCCCCCCCCCCCCCCCCCGCGCCGCGCCGCUGUCCUCCCCUGCCGCCACCAUUUUUAUGUCGCCGCCACCGCGAGGUUGUCGGAGGGAGUCUGCCGGAGAGAAUUCGUCGGAGAAAAAGUUUGUCGGUCGAUGCGGAGUGGCUGCUGGAGAAAGGAAGAGAGAGAGAUAGAUAGAGAUAUUAAUGUAUAGGAUUUAAAUUUCAGAAAAAAAAAUUGUAUUUAAUAUGGGUUUUUAAUUCCCAAUAUAAUUAAUACAAAAAAGGUAAUUAAUAUAUUCCUUUUUUUCAUACCCAAAAUACCCUUGGUUGUGAAUCUGACAACCCCCAAAGGGGUUGUCACCGUAUCCCGUCCCCUCUUCAUAUAUUCUUCUAAACUUCCCAAUCAUGAUAUUUAAUGCAAGUGCACUAACGUGAAAAUAUAAUUUUAUAAAGUACUGCACACAAUUUUCUUUUUUUUUUUAUUACGCACACACAAUAUUUUAGAGAACCAAAGAAACCUACAAGCGAGAUAAAUACACCUUACUUUCAAAAUUGCGUUAUGCGUCGAUUUAGUUCUUUUCGAUAUAAAUGCUAGUUUGAUCUGUUUAACUCGAUAUAGCUCGAAUCUACCGAUCACCCAUAACCCGAACACAACAUACCUACAAUAUUAUGACGUAAUUAAUUCCAACCACUAGUCUCCAUGGUCAAAUGAAGUCAAUCUAGUUUACCUAGGAAAUCCAAAAGACAAGAGGAUAGCACAUUCCCCCAAUUAAAUUGCAGGUAAACAACAAGUGCACAUCAAGCCUAGUUGUAAAAUACUGAAUUACAAAAAUAUCCCAUAUUCCUAUAAAAAUGAAACAGAAGAAGAGGAGGACCAGCCAACAUAGCAUGUGAAGAAGAAGAAGAAGAAGAAGAAGAAGAAGAAGAAGAAGAGGGCCGCAGCGUUCAACUAACAUUCCAUUCCAUGACAUGUUUUCCUCAGUUUUGGUUUGGGAGCCCCUUACGUUAGAUGGUUGGGAAUUAUGAUAUCGAGACAGCAACUUCACCUGCUGUCUUAUCUUACGGUGGUCAACUAACUAAAUCGUCACUAAACACCAAGUUCGUAACAAAUGGGUCACAACUUAUUAAGAUUUGGUGAUCUCUUUGCAAGGGGUCCCAAAGUUUAGUGAUUGUUUAUGUUAUUGUGCUCCCCUUUCCCUGCCACACAUGGAUUCUUGUCAUUGUUGUUUAUUAGUAAUUAAACUAAGUUCACCAAACUUACAGAUGGACUUGUCUAAUAAGUUUAUAGUUGGUAUUGUGGGUUUGGUUGGCAUCGAGACAAACAACUACCCUCUUGGAAAGGUUUUAGUUGUGAGCUUGCCACUUUGCACCUUUUAGUUUGCUUAACUUCUUCUCCAAUGGCUUAAUUAGUCGGCCAUUGAAAUAUUAGAGAAAGUUCUUUCUUUUAUUAGGACAGAAAUGUACAACCAAAGAGUCACUGAAAUUCGAUCAGAUCCAUGGAAACAUCUAUUUUAACUACUAUUGCUUUAUAGAUCGCCGAAUUUACUUCGUCUUCCAUUAAAGGCUUCAUGGUGUAACUAUCAAACAAGAUUCGGAAGUCACGAUCUUUCAACGUGUCAAAAGAUCAUAUAUGAGUUUGAUUUUUAGUCAGCGAUUUGACGUCCCUCACAUCUUUUGUUUUUAAUUUGAACUGGUUUAGCUAUGGAGCAAAUAUAUUCUUGACUCUUUUUGACAUAUUGGGGAAGAAGAAAAAAAAUACAAUUGUGACAUGAGUUUACAUGACUCACAAAGUGACAUGUGGUACUGCUAACCACAAAAUUGUAAUUAGGGAGGAGGAUUAAGAUUUAAGCAAACUAAAGGCCAAAAAGACCCGAGCCAUCCUUGAACUGGCUUUUCAAACCAACUCCCCCUGAAAUUGGGACAGCUGCACCAUAGGGGCACAAAAUGAUGCAUGCUUAAUUUUUCAGUAUUAUUAUUCUCAACCAUCCCCUAAUAAGACCAAAAUUUUGAGUUGGAUUAGCAUCUAAAUUAUCGAAAUUUUAAUGUAUCGGCCUUCUUUAUUUCAAACUAUAAAGCUCAGGUAAAAUUAUUCUUUACUUUCCGGUCAAUUUAUGAAGGGUGUCAAAUUCACCUAUUAAUAAUGAAAUUCUAUCAAAUUU